UAAAUGGCAGACGCCAACCACACCCUGACCACAGUGAAGGAGUUCAUUCUGUUUGGGAUCACCGACCGCUCAGACCUGCAGACCCCGCUCUUUGUCAUCUUCCUCCUGGUCUACAUUAUCACUGUGAUGGGGAAUCUGGGAAUCAUCAUUUUAAUCAGGACUGACAGCCACCUCCAUACCCCCAUGUAUUUCUUUCUCAGCCACUUGGCCUUUGUCGAUUUCUGUUAUUCCUCCGUCGUUGCCCCUAAGAUGCUGUCAAACUUCUUAGCAACUACAAAAACAAUUUCAUACUAUGCAUGUGCAGCACAGCUGGGCUGCUUCCUCACUUUCAUGAUCACAGAGUGUUUCCUCCUGCCAGUGAUGGCGUACGACCGCUACGUGGCCAUCUGUAACCCGCUGCUUUACAGGACCAUCAUGUCCCAGAGAGUCUGCAUCCAGUUAGCGGCUGGCCCUUACACAUACAGCUUUUGUGUUGCAUUGUUCCACACGAUAGUUACAUUUCGUUUGUCCUUCUGCUCUGCUAAGGUGAUCAACCAUUUCUACUGUGAUGACCUCCCACUGCUAGCCCUUUCCUGUUCCGACACCAGCACCAAACAGAUACUGAUCUAUGCUUUUGCUGGUUUUAAUAUAAUAAGCUCCCUCCUCAUUGUUCUCAUCUCUUAUACAUUUAUCAUCUCAGCCAUCCUGAGAAUCAGCUCAGCUCAGGGCCGCUACAAAGCUUUCUCCACAUGUGCUUCACACUUAACAUGCAUCACCAUCUUCUAUGGAACUCUGAUCUUUAUGUAUUUGCAGCCUAGUGCUAACCACUCUCUAGCAACGGAUAAAAUUGCUUCCGUGUUCUACACAAUCAUAAUUCCUAUGCUGAAUCCUCUGAUCUACAGCCUGCGAAACAAGGAGGUGAAGCGUGCUCUGAAGAGAACAAUGGAAUGUUUUAUGGUUGUUCAUGGAUGA